CCCCCGCCCGCAGCCCGCCGACGCCCCCGGCGGUUUCCACGGCAACGGGCCCGGCCGGUCCGCAUCCCCGCCUCCGGGGCCCCCCGUGAGCCCCCCGUGAGCGGCCCGGGGGGGGGGGGCAUGGCUUCUCCGUGACCCGACCAUGUCCCUGUCGGCCGGUGACGCCGCAGAGGCCCCGUCGCCCGGAGAUGGCGACCCGCGGCACGGGCCGCCCCCCUCCAGCCCCUCCUCCCCCCGGACGAUAAAGGAGGAGGGGGCCGAGCCCUGGCAGGGAGCGGGGGGCCCGGACCUGGACUUCCAAGGCACCGACGGGGAAGGCUCGGCCUGUAGCGUCGCGGAGGAGCCGGAACGGAAGCGAAAGAAGGGCCCGGCCCCGAAGAUGCUGGGCCACGAGCUCUGUAGCGUGUGCGGAGACAAGGCCUCCGGCUUCCACUACAACGUGCUGAGCUGCGAAGGGUGUAAGGGCUUUUUCCGCCGCAGCGUCAUCAAAGGGGCCGCCGGGCGCUACACCUGCAAGGGGGGCGGAGCCUGCCAGAUGGACACCUACAUGAGGCGCAAGUGCCAGGAGUGCCGCCUGCGCAAGUGCCACCAAGCUGGCAUGCGGGAGCAUUGUGUGCUGUCCGAGGAGCAGAUUCGGAAGAAGAAGAUCCAGAAGCAGCAGCAGCAGCAGCAGCAGCAGCAGCAGCAGUCGUCGCUGAGCGGGGCCUCGCGGGGUGCGGCCGAGGGCGGGGGCUCCCCGGGGGCCGGAGCCGGCUCCGAGGCCGGGGGCGAGGCGGGGGCGCGGCUGCUGGCCGUGGCUCCCGGGGGCGUCCAGCUGACCCCGGCGCAGGAGACCAUGAUCCAGCAGCUCGUGGCCGCCCAGCUACAGUGCAACAAGCGUUCCUUCUCCGACCAGCCCAAAGUCACGCCUUGGCCCCUGGGGGCCGACCCCCAGAGCCGGGAAGCACGCCAGCAGCGGUUCGCCCACUUCACCGAGCUCGCCAUCAUCUCCGUCCAGGAGAUCGUUGACUUCGCCAAGCAGGUGCCGGGCUUCCUGCAGCUGUCGCGGGAGGACCAGAUCGUCCUGCUCAAGGCCUCCACUAUCGAGAUCAUGCUGCUGGAGACGGCACGACGCUACAACCACGAGACAGAGUGUAUCACGUUCCUCAAAGAUUUUACCUAUAGCAAAGAUGACUUCCACCGAGCCGGAGCCAGCCCGCGUGGAGGCGUUGCAGACCCCCUACGUGGAGGCCCUGCUGUCCUACACGCGCAUCAAGCACCCCCAGGACCAGCUGCGCUUCCCCCGGAUGCUGAUGAAGCUGGUCAGUUUGCGGACGCUCAGCUCCGUCCACUCCGAGCAGGUCUUCGCCCUGCGCCUGCAGGACAAGAAGCUCCCGCCGCUGCUCUCCGAGAUCUGGGACGUUCACGAGUAACUAACUACCUGAGGGUCCGGGCCGCCCCCCGGCCUCGCUCACUUCGGCUCCGAACUCUCCGGCCCGGGCCCUUCCGAGCUUGCUUCAGCCCUCCUCUCCACGUCUUCCCGGGGGCGGGGGGGUCGGUGACCUUGGUGCUCUGUCCCACCCUGAGGUCAGCGAUCCCCUUCUCCGUCACUCCCCUCCCCCCGGCACUUAGCCCGUCCCCCCCCAUGUAGUUUCAGGGUCUCCCCCACCUGACCCUGGCGAGCUUAUCUAUCGCCCACAGAGCAAUGCACCUUUUUCAGGGGAGGGGAAGGGGUUGGGGAUGGUACUCCAGGCCCUCGAUCGGGAGCGGGGGCCGGAGCCCCACUCGCAUUAACUCCUUGUCCCCAGGACGGGGGAGAGGGGACGAGCCUUCCUCCCCUCCCCCCCAACUUAGCUCCUUUUAUUUAAUAAAAACCGAAUUAAAAAGUUG